CCCGCCCCACGCGCGCGGCCUCGGCAGAUCUGCGGCGGGCGGGCCCCACCCUACCCGCCGCCCGCCGGCCCUCCCUAGCCAGCCACGGUCAAGAUGAAUUGCGCAUAGAUCAAGCUUCAGUCUGAUGGAUUCUGACGACAAGAAGUUUGGCAAAGGACCUAGGGAGCUCACUGGUGCUGUUGAUUUAAUAAGCCAGUACAAACUGCAGCCUCACCAUGAUUUCUUUUGCAAGAGGCCUUUGCCACUAGCAAUCUCAGAUACACAUUAUCUUCACAAUGUUGUGGGGGACACUGAAAUUCGAAAAGGAGAAGGAAUGGAGCUAGAUCAACUUGUUCAGAAUGCAUAUUUAAGAGAUAAGCCUGCUUAUAUUCAGCCCUUUGAUAUGGAAACACUAGGGCAAGCGUUUCAGCUGCGAGAAACCACUCCAGUAGAUUUACCCUCUGCUGAAAAAGGUAUACCGACUAUCUCGGGCAAGUCAAAGAGUGAGUCCAAGGACAAAGAGAAGAAACAUAAAAAGCACAAAGACAGAGAUAAGGACAGGGAACAUAAGAAGCACAAACAUCGACAUAAGGAUCGGUCUAAAGACAAAGAUAAGGACAAGGAUAAGAAAAAGGAUAAAAGUGGGCAUCAUGAGAAGAAGAGAAAGCAUGAGGGAAUGGAGGAUUCGGCAGAUGUGCAUAAGCACAAAAAGAGCAAGCAUAAGAGUUCCAAAACUGACGAGCUGGCUAAUGGACUUAGUUAGCUACACUUUUCUUCUUACUUCUAUUGUCAAUCCAUGCCAUAUAUUGUUAAAAGGAGGCUCACAAGGUUUCUGUCAUCAGACACACCUGCAGAUUAAUGAUAUCAUGAAUGGCUAUUUCUUUGACGAUGCUUAAGAUGGAGGCCUUACCUGCCGCUAAUUAUGUUGUUCUUGCAGUGUGGAUCCUUGUGAAAAUGUAACUUGUAACAAAGGGGCAAACCCAUUGUAUUUUGCAACUUCUUGUCCCUCACUGACUAAACUGGUUGCCUUGUAGGAACAAUCAGAUAGGACUUUUAAUGAGUUU